UAGCAAUAAGAAAACUGAAAGUAGUUAAAAUUUGAAAGCCUAUAAUAUCCUAAAAAUAUAUUUCCAAAAAAAAGAGAAUAAAAAAGAAAAAUACGUGCGCUGUUCCUCUUCCCCACAAAACAGCCGAGCCCCACUUCUCCAUGUUCCUCUUUCCAACAUGAAGUCACCCAUCCCCAUCCCAGUGAGCCGUCGCAUGACUACAAGAUUGUAGAGCCUCCAUCUCCAUCUCAGUUGGGCCGUGAUUAUGAGAUAUACGAUGAAGGUGAACUGUGUGAAUACUCAUGCGGCUUCGACCCCGGUGGGAGAUUUAGCGAAGGUUCAAUGAAGAUUAAGUAGUGUUAGAAUCCAAAAAAUAUGCUACGUGAUCAAGUAGAUAGAUUUAAGGCUUAUUUGCUGGAGAUGAAUUGCUGUGCUCAUGAUCCUAUCAAGAGGCGGCAACAGCUCGACUUUCACUGGUUGAUGAGGUCCGAACUUUGCUUGAUCAGAGUGUUCGAGGAGUGCUCUCCACGUUUUCUCAGGAUCUGCUGGGUAAUCCAAGAUGCUCUUUGCUUGUUGCAAGGGAUCCCGAAGAUAGAACUGAUACUCAUUGCUUAUGCAUAUACUCUUGCUGAUGUAGGUAAUGCUACCUCUGACAGCAAGAGGUUGUCAUUCAAGUUGCUUGGCAACUUAUUUUAUUCUGGUCUACCUCGGCCUCGACAUCUGAGAUCAUCAACUCCGAUACAUUUAUGUGUUUUAGUUUGUACAUAUAUUGAUGCAUUGCUUGUGUCCUUAUGUUACACUCAGGAUGACGAGGAAGAAGGUGAAGAAGGAGAAGAAGAGAGCUUGAGUAAAUGUAUAGGGAAUGAGUUGAAGAAGCUUCUGCAGUGUCAUAGCCAUUGUAAAUAAUUUAUGUAAAGUUUGUAAACAAUUUAUGUAUCUUUCUACUAUUUUGGUGAAUGUAUUAUUUGAAUAUAAUUAGACUUGAUGUUAGAAUAUA